AUGGAAAAAAGAGAAGUAGAAAAUUGUGAAUUGCUGACUGGAAGAGUGGUUCCAAAGGCUGAAGAAUCUAAUAAUAUACGCAGAGAAUCAAAAGAGCCGCCUGAUGGUGGUUUUCGAGCUUAUUCUAUUGUAAUUGGAUCAUUUCUAACUAAUGGCCUGAUAUUUGGUGUCAUAAAUUCGUACAGUGUGAUUUUUACAGUGCUGAAAAAACAGUUGCUGGAUCAAAAUAUCCCAAAUGCAGAAAGUAAAGCAGCCCUGGUAGGCUCAUUAACGUUGAGCACGACAUUUCUUCUGUCACCAGUGUCCGGUCUUCUUACUGGCUUCUUGGGCUUGCGGCUGACUGCUGUCCUCGGUGGGAGCCUCGCUACAGCCAGCUUAAUUAUCACUUCCUUCGUUGUCGACCGGGUCGAGGCUCUAUAUUUUACUUACGGCAUUAUGUAUGGCGUCGGCGCUUCGCUUGCGUAUACGCCCUCGUUAGCGAUCCUCGGUCAUUACUUCAAGAAGUAUCUGGGGCGCGUUAAUGGCUUCGUCACUAUCGGAAGCGCCGUCUUCACCGUGAUCAUGACGCCCACCAUGAAGUAUGCCAUCGACAAUUACGGUUUGGAAUGGAUGUUUAGAAUGCUUGCCGUCAUCACAUUUGGGAUAGCGUUAUGCGGCUUACUUUUCAAACCGAUUCCCGUUGUGGUCAUAGACAAACCAUCUGAAGAAACAAACACCUGUAAAACCAUUAUGAAGGUUAUUUUUAACGUAGACAUCUGGAAGAUUCCCAGAUAUAGGUUAUGGUGUAUAUCAAUGCCGAUAGCUCUGUUCGGGUAUUUUGUACCCUACGUGUAUAUGCAGAACUUUGUCAAAGAAACCUUUAAGGAUACGACAUCCACCCUCCCUCAGCAGUGUGUAGCGGCUUCGUCUGGUAUAGGCCGGUUGAUGUUCGGCUAUCUGGCUGAUAGGGAUGAGGUUAAUAGCAUAGUGUUACAACAGAUUGCAUUGUACGUCAUCGGAACUCUGACGAUAAUUUUGCCAUUUGUGACCUCGUUUGAAUUAUUGCUUGUCGUCUGCGUGGGUAUCGGUUUAUCUGAUGGUGGGUUCAUUUCGUUAAUAGGUCCUAUGGCGGUGGAGUUUUGUGGUAGUGCGCUUGCUGCUCAAGCGAUAGGUACUAUAUUGGGACUUUCGGCUGUCCCGGUGUCGGUUGGUCCACCGGUGGCCGGGUAUCUUUUUACAGUGUACAAAUCAUUUACGCUACCGUUUGUCUUAGCUGGUAUUUCUCCGCUGGUUGGUUCUACUUUGAUGUUUAUUAUUCGCUGCCAGACUCGAAAAAGAGAUACAAAAGGAUCCAGGACGAACGGCCACGUAUCUCCUACAUCUGACAUAGAAAACCCGCCGUUGCUUCGGCCAAACGGGGUUGGCCAGCAGACAUCUUUAUAA